AUGAAGCUGUUGAAGUUUGUGAACAGCGACGCCCCGCACACCCUGGCGGAUGUACAGCUGCGUAAUCAGCGCCUCUGGUUCCCCGGCAAGCGCGGCAAUGCGGCGGUGGCAGCGAAGAGCUGGACGGUCGAUGUAGCGUCCCCCACGUCCCUCUCCGGUGGCUACUGGCUUCUGGAUGACAGCAGUAAUCCGAUCUGCGAGAUCACUGAUGUUCUUCUCGCGGUACCCGAGACCGCGACAAGGGUAGCCGGCAGCAGCAGCGGCACCUUCGCCCCGCGCGGGGUGACCGACAAGGACGUCGACGGCAUCGACUUCCGCAGCAAACUGGGGCGCCAGAUGGAGCGAGAGCGCGCUACUUACGGUGCCACCUCGAAGACAGCGAGCAAGUCGGCACGAACGAUGAUGAACGCCGAGGAGCUGACGGAGAAAAAGCACGAGCGCAUGAAGCGCGAGCGCGAGACGGUUGCCGAAGCGAUCGAGAACAACGAGACUAGCGUAAUGGAACCGCGAAAGAAGGAGAGAAAGCGCUCGAAUAAACAGUGA